AUGAACUCAGCGCUGUCCAGGAGCAGAGUAAGUGCAGAGCAACUGGAUCUGCUAUUGACUUUUAUGGAAGAGCACCGUGACUUUGCAGCUGGCAAACAGUCGAUAUAUUCUCGCUUUAGCGCUAGUAAACUGUGGCGGCUACUGGCCGAGAGGUUAAACGCUGCGGCGGCAGACACGGGCGGUGCUCGGAAAUCACCAGAUAAGUGGUGUCGCUACUGGGCGGACGUUAAAUAUAAAGCAAGAAAGAAGUGUGCCGCCGGAGGUGCACUUGGUGACCUCUCGUCGGCAGAGGAGCGCUUACAGAAUAUUCUAAGUUGCAAAAACGAUUUGAACGCGGUGUCGGGCGGCGCGGCGGCUUCGGACGAGGAGCGCAAGGCUCUCGACGAGGACAUGUGCUCGGAGGGUUCCGCGCCGUUGGCAACCGACGAGCUGCUGGCCGAGGCCGCCAUGCGCACCGCGCUGGCCGCCGAAAAGCAGGCCGAGGCCGUCGUGCACGCCGUGGACCUGCUGCGAGACCUCGUGACGCUACUGCGCGAACGACCCCCCGCACCUCCGCCCGCGACCCACGACCACCUGGCCAUGCAGCACCAGCACCACCACCCGCUCUGA